ACAUCCGCUCGACUCUUUUAUCCGCGCUGCUGGGAAAGGAAUCAGUGGUGAAACAGCAGCGAUGUCGGUGCAGGUUGUGACAGCGAAAAUGGCCGAGGUCGAAGUCAAAGACGAGCCUAACAAAGAAUUACCUGCCGGCUCCCCGGUGACACCGAGCUCGGAUGAUAAAACCCUUGCCAAAAACGUGCCACAUGACGUAGGCUCCUCUGCCACGACCCCCACGAUCGAGCCCUCCGUGAAGGCAGACCCGAGCCCGGGCUUGCUCACCCCGAACCCGGUGAAGAUGCCGCAGUCGUCGGCGAUGAAGCGGCCGGAGCCGCAGCAGAACGGCGGGGAUGCGUUUGUCAACCGCGACGGGACCGUGGCGGAAGCCCCCAGGAUGAAGAAGAUCCAGUUUGCAGACCAGAAGCAGGAAUUCAACAAGCGGCCCACGAAGAUCGGACGCCGUUCGCUGUCUCGCUCCAUCUCCCAGUCCUCCACAGACAGCUACAGCUCAGCGGCGUCGUACACGGACAGCUCGGACGAUGAGACCUCCCCGCGGGACAAGCAACAGAAGAACACCAAGGGCAACGGCGACUUCUGCAUCAAGAACAUCAAGCAGGCCGACUUCGGGCGCCGGGAGAUCGAGAUCGCAGAACAAGAGAUGCCGGCCCUGAUGGCGCUGAGGAAGCGAGCCCAGGGGGAGAAGCCUCUGGCCGGGGCCAAGGUGGUGGGCUGCACCCACAUCACCGCACAGACCGCCGUCCUGAUGGAGACCCUGGCGGCUCUGGGGGCUCAGUGCCGGUGGGCCGCCUGCAACAUCUACUCCACCCAGAACGAGGUGGCGGCGGCGCUGGCCGAGGGCGGGUUCAGUGUGUUUGCCUGGAAGGGCGAGUCGGAGGAUGAUUUCUGGUGGUGCAUCGAUCGCUGUGUCAACCUGGAGGGGUGGCAGCCAAACAUGAUCCUGGACGACGGAGGGGACCUGACCCACUGGAUCUACAAGAAGUACCCCAACAUGUUCAAGAAGAUCAAGGGCAUCGUAGAGGAGAGUGUGACCGGGGUUCACAGGUUGUACCAGCUUUCUAAGGCGGGGAAGCUGUGUGUUCCAGCCAUGAAUGUCAACGACUCGGUCACCAAGCAGAAGUUUGACAACCUCUACUGCUGCAGAGAGUCCAUCCUGGAUGGGCUGAAGAGGACCACUGACGUGAUGUUCGGUGGCAAACAGGUGAUUGUGUGUGGCUACGGAGAGGUGGGGAAGGGAUGCUGUGCCGCCCUGAAGGCCAUGGGCUCCAUCGUGUACGUGACGGAGAUCGACCCCAUCUGCGCCCUACAGGCCUGUAUGGACGGGUUCAGGCUGGUGAAGCUGAACGAGGUCAUCCGACAGGUGGACAUCGUCAUCACCUGCACAGGGAACAAGAACGUGGUGGUCAGGGAGUAUCUGGACCGCAUGAAGAACGGCUGCAUCGUCUGCAACAUGGGCCACUCCAACACCGAGAUCGAUGUGGCGAGCCUGCGGACACCAGAGCUCACCUGGGAGCGAGUGCGUUCCCAGGUGGACCACGUCAUCUGGCCCGACGGCAAGAGGAUAGUCCUCCUGGCAGAGGGCCGCCUGCUGAACCUCAGCUGUUCCACCGUCCCCACCUUUGUGCUCUCCAUCACCGCCACCACCCAGGCCCUGGCUCUGAUAGAGCUGUACAACGCUCCUGAGGGUCGCUACAAACAGGAUGUGUACCUGCUCCCCAAGAAGAUGGAUGAGUACGUGGCCAGCCUUCACCUCCCCACCUUUGACGCCCAUCUGACGGAGCUGAGUGACGAGCAGGCGAAGUACCUGGGCCUGAACAAGAACGGCCCCUUCAAACCAAACUACUACAGGUAUUAGACGACGGCGACGCAGAACCGAGGAAACGCAGAUACUCGACGAAUCGCACCGAGCCAGAGAGGAGGAGGAGGAGGAGGAAGAGGAGAACAAAGUUUACACACACACACACACACACAAGGGGAGGUGUGUGUGUGUGUGUGUGUGUGUGUGUGUGCUUUGCGGAGAGGGGGGAGGGGGGGGUACCGUGAGAGAUUUGUAAUGAGCAGAGGGAGGGUGGACGAGGCUGGAUUAUUUUACCGCUUUUCCGCCGUCAUACUAUUUAUUUACACUAGACGAUUACAGGAACCCUUGUCAAAGCUGCUCCAGAUGAUAUAGACCACCCUCGACCAGCCCCCCUCCCUUCCCCGCCCCAACUCACACCAUACCCCCCCCCCCCCCCCCCCCCCCCCCCCCCCACCACCAUACCCCUCAGAUCAGUUUAUUCAAUCUCUUCACGUCUCAAACAUACGUGUGUCAAGUCUUAGUGAGCCCUUUCGAAUAUACUCCCUCAUUGUCCCGUUAUUUUUAAGAUCUUUUAGUUGGAUGAAUUUAAUGACAAUGAAGAGGAAAAAAAAGCUUAAACGUUGAUUUAUAUUCUGUGGAGGAUGAAGAGACCCUCUCGAGAUUUCAGUUUAUUGUCGUUUAUUUUCUCACCUUGAUUUUGUACUCGUGAUUUUGUUUGAAUUCUCUUGUGAUACAGGGAGGGGUGGGGCUUAACUCAAUGGGCGGGCUUAUGUGGGAUCUCAGGGUCCAAUCAUAUCUGUCCUUUUUUAUUUGAUAAUUUCAUUGAGAUUUACUGUUGGUCAUUUCGGUUGAUUUCUCUUUUUGUACGCGUUCUCUUGUCAUUUGCUUUUAGAGCGAUCCAGAAUGACUGGAAAAUUGCUGACCCCUUUUUGUUCAGGUGGUCCUGCGUUCAUCUGUCACUCAACCUCAAAGGCUUUUGUGAUUGGUUCUUUCAAUUUCUCCCCUUCCCAAAUGCUCAGUUGAUGCCAGUGUUGAAGUGAUUAAAACUAAGCGUUUAAAUUAUUAUUUUUUCGUUUUUCUUUGUUUGUUUUUUUAACACAGGGAACUUUUAUCCCUUCUUACCAAGCAUUAUUAAACUGUAUUAGAAGCAUGCAGGAUGCAAGAUCAUUACAAUGGGGUAUAUAUUUAGAUAUUUAUAUAGAAAUUACAAUUUUUUUUAAAGAUCAUUUUCUUUUUGUUUUGCUUUUCCUUUCGUCAUCCAAUAUUGUUACCUUUAAAAAAAUUCUACUUCUAUGUCAUUAUAAAGAUAAGCAAUUUAAAUGUUCUAUGAUAAUUCUAUGUGUAAUAAAUGUAACACUCAUUUCCAAUACUGUGACAGAGAAUAUUACGAGAGGGAAAGAAGGAGAGAUUGAUGACAAUUGUACCAAGAUUUUCUGCCAGUGUGGUACUUCAAAUUGAUACCCUUUAGAUGGGCUUUGUUUAAAAAGAGUAUAGUACCGUCAAUAUACUAUACGAUGAUAAACUUGUAUUUGUACCGCUGGUCAUGGGGUUGUGUGUAAUAGAGGCCAUGAAAUGACAAACACACUCAUGCAGGUGUUAACUCUAUUCCAAGUCAUCUUUUCAAUCCCACAUGAAGUCAGAGUUUGUGUGUGUGGUUGUAGUGAGGGAAUUUAAGUAUAAAUUCUUGACUAUUGUAAUCAACGGUGAUAACGUCUUUUUUCGAAGCCCUUGUCCACGGCUCACUUGCUUUCCGAAAAACGCCGGUCUAUAACCAUGUACAAACGAACAUAGACCAAAAGGUGAACCCAAAAGAAGUUAUGGUUAGCGAUCAUUUCAAUAAGUUUACAGGAGUCUGAAAUAUCUUCUGACCCCUUUACACACAUUACUGUAUCGCCAGUUUUCUUAUGUGAUAUCCGAGAAAAAAAGGAGACAUGAAAUUAAGUGGAAUUUCAGAAAAUGCAACACUGUGAAAAAAAGUGCACAGAGGCGACCUUGCACUCCCGUACACCACGUUUAUACCAAGGCCUUGCCCCCUUAACGCCAUAUAAGGUGUCCCAUAUUUCCGUGCUUCCUGUAGAACCGCCCCUCAUUUAUGCCAAUCAGACUCCCCCCCCCUCCCCAUCAAGGUUCCUCAUUAAGGAACUCUUAACGAGAGUUCGUCUGAUAAUUGAUCAUUUACGUUUUUCGAUAUUUCCGUUGUUUUCUUUCAUGGACUGAUUGCGUUAACGGUUAUAGAAUUCACCAUUCGUUCAAGUAAAAAUAGUAUUUUUUUUCUUUUGGUCUGGGAGCUGGUCUGUCCGUCAGUCCGUUGUGAGUCUUAACGUCUCUUGUUUUGUAGAACACCUGCUUUGUGGCCAGUUCUCUGAGGACCCAGUAGACCCUUUGGGGGUGGGGUUCGGGGGUUGAUUGAUCCAUUGGGGUGUAACCAGGGGGAAAGACACCAGCAUUGUGUAUAGAAAUAUAUUAUAUAUAUAUAGAAAUAUAUAAGAUAUACACACACCACAACCUGUAAAGUGUAAGAAUGAGAGCAGAAUCACCUUGUAUUUAUUUGUCGAAAAUCCUCCAAAGUAGGCUACAAAACUGGAAGGUAAUCUCCAAAAACUUGCUGUCUCAAGAAAACAUACAUUUAAAAUAUUUCAAGUGAUCAAUCUAGAUGAUGAGCAAUAAUAAAACAUACAAAAACCCUGUAAUCUAAAAUGAAUAAAAAUGUAAAAAUUGUA